AAUUAGCAAUCUUCUUCCACCAUGCGACGAGGUUCCUUCCCUUAGCGGCCAUUGCCCUGUAUCUCCAUUUCAUCCCAAGCAUAUAACCAAACACUUUACCUUUUUUUGAUAAGCCCAAAAAAGAAGAUUCGUGCCUCGCAACCAUGUCUGUUGCCCAUUUUUUUUACACGCAGCUCUUUUCAACUCCUCCUUAUCCAGAAUAUGACUUUUCUGGACAAACCGUCAUCGUAACUGGUUCCAAUACGGGCCUUGGAAAAGAGGCCGCUCGGCAUAUCGUCCGACUUGGUGCCGAGAAGGUCAUUCUAGCCGUUCGAAGCGUGGAACGUGGAGAAGAUGCUCGAAAGUCAAUUGAGGAGACCACCCAUCGUCACGGCGUAAUUGAAGUAUGGGAGCUGGAUCUGGGAAACUAUGCCUCUGUCAAGGCAUUCGCCAAACGUGCCGAAGGACUGAAACGCCUGGAUGUUCUUCUCGAAAAUGCCGGAAUCGCCACGUAUAAUUUCUCAAUGCUUGAAGGCAAUGAGAGAACCAUUACCAUUAAUGUCGUGAGCACAUUCCUCUUGGCGCUCCUAAUGCUCCCAAAGCUACGAGAGACUGCGGCCAAAUUCGGCACUGUGCCCCGUUUAGCUGUGGUUUCUUCCGGGAUCCAUUACCAGGCUCAGUUCAAGGAACGGACGGCUCCUAUCUUGUUUGACGCUCUGAAUGACGAGAAGACAUCAAAUAUGCCGGAUAGAUAUCCCCUCUCAAAACUCCUCGAGGUUUUCGCGGGUCGGGAACUAGCGGAGCGCAUGGAUAAGAGUGGAAAGCCAAGCGUCGUCUUCAACUUAACAGACCCUGGUCUUUGCCAAUCCGAGCUUACACGGGAAGGCGCCUUGUCUGUAGAAGUACUGAAGUUCUUCCUUGCGAGGACUACUGAGGCUGGUAGUCGAACUUUGGUAUACGCAGCUAGUCCAAAUGCUGGUAAGGAGACGCAUGGCGAAUUCUUGGACACCUGCAAGGUUGUUUGUCCAUCCAAGCUUGUCACGAGCGAAGAGGGUGCCGAGAUCCAGAAACGAUUCUGGAAGGAGCUGUCUGAGAAGCUUGAAACCAUUCAACCUGGAGUCACUAAAAACAUUUGAUAAUCUUAAUUCAACGUCUGGACGAGCAUUCAUAUUGAACUAUAACUAUAUUUAUAAGGAGCGUGGUUGUUUUCGAAUCAGAAACAAAUGAGAAGGAAUGAACAAUAACCUUCGUUUUAAGGCACAACAUCGGAGUUAUCCAGCGCUAGUUUCUGUUCUUCAACAAUUCUCAAGGCAACCCUGCGACUCCUUCUCCAACUGACGCGCACCUCCUUAACAUCCAUUGCAAAACAUCAUACACGAUACAACCCGCAGUAUACCAGUGUCUUGUUGAGCAGU